UGAACAUGUUUAGAAACCACUUUCUACGUUAAAGCGAGUUAAAAAAGAAGAAAAAAUGGGGAGAGAAGUAUCAGAAAGCUGCAUUGAUAGCCUACUAAUCGAAAUGGUUUCCACAUAUUGCAACCGCUUUUAUGCCAAUAAGCCUGAGCUCGCUGCUCGUCGCAUCGAAGCCAUCGGAUAUCAGGUCGGCCACCAGCUCUCUGAACGGUACACGAUGGAGAGGCCACGUUUUAGUGAUCAUUUAGAGGCAAUCAAGUUCAUCUGCAAGGAUUUUUGGUCUGAGCUUUUUAAGAAGCAGAUAGACAACUUGAAGACAAAUCAUAGAGGUACCUUUGUAUUGCAAGAUAAUCGUUUCCGUUGGCUUACACGAAUGUCAAUUGAUCAAUCACCUGAAAAUGGAACAUCCGGAGAGCCUUCCAUCAUAGCUGAUGAAAAGGCUUUAGAAAGCAUGCAUCUAUAUUUUCCAUGUGGAAUCAUCAGGGGAGCUCUUUCAAACCUGGGAAUACCUUGUGCAGUUUCCGCCGACAUAUCCAACCUUCCUGCAUGUUCAUUUGUGGUCCGGAUAAAGGCUUGAAGAGUGCGUUAAAUGAAAUGUGAUGCCGUUGUUCGUUUCUGCAUGAUAACUGAACUACUACGGUCCGGUUCAGAAUAUCAGAAGUUAUUGAUACUUUUGAAGAAUAUUAUGUGUGAAAAAGACACUUGGAAUGUUCGUAUAUGGAUGUUG